CUAAAAAAAAAAACAUAACAAAAUCGCAAAUCGCAAACGGCAAAGCAGCAGGAACAAACUGAAAUCGCAAACCUGAAGAAAGAGAGUGAAGCAAGAAACGGCAACACCAGAAUCGCAAAUCGCAAGCAGGAAGAGAAGGAUUGCCAUAUUAAUUGCUCCUGGAAAGAAAACCCUUUCAGUUCAUUCUGCCCGAUCUCCUUCAUAGCUUCACUCAUGUUAAGGGAGCAUAAAAGAGAUGAUCUACACAGCAAUUGACACAUUUUACCUCACGGAUGAGCAGCUAACAAAUUCACCCUCCAGAAAAGAUGGUAUAGAUGAAGCCACUGAAACCACCCUUAGAAUCUAUGGCUGUGAUCUCAUCCAAGAAAGUGGAAUUCUGCUUAGAUUACCACAAGCGGUCAUGGCCACUGGUCAGGUUCUAUUUCAUCGAUUCUAUUGCAAGAAGUCAUUUGCACGUUUCAAUGUCAAGAAAGUUGCUGCAAGCUGUGUGUGGCUGGCUUCAAAACUGGAGGAAAACACAAGAAAAGCCAGACAAGUACUCAUUAUUUUUCACAGGAUGGAAUGCAGGAGGGAGAACUUGCCCAUCGAUCAUUUAGACUUGUAUUCCAAGAAAUACGUUGAUUUAAAAACGGAGCUGAGUAGAACUGAGAGACAUAUUUUGAAAGAAAUGGGAUUCAUUUGUCAUGUUGAACAUCCUCACAAGUUUAUUUCGAAUUACCUUGCUACCCUUGAAACACCUCCAGAGUUGAGUCAAGAAGCUUGGAAUCUGGCUAACGAUAGUUUGCGCACUACAUUGUGUGUAAGAUUUAAGAGCGAGGUUGUGGCUUGUGGCGUUGUAUAUGCUGCAGCCCGUAGAUUUGAAGUACCCCUUCCUGAGAACCCACCAUGGUGGAAGGCAUUUGAUGCAGAAAAGUCUGGGAUUGAUGAAGUCUGCAGGGUUUUGGCUCACCUUUAUAGCCUUCCCAAGGCACAAUAUUUACCAAUUUGCAAGGAGUGGGACUCGUUUACAUUCUCCAACAUAUCAUUGGAAUCAAAGUCUCAGUCAACUGCAAAGGAUGCUCCACAAAGUAGCUCCCCGAUGAAUGCUGAAACGUCAGCGCUAAAGGGAGCUCAUGGAGAAGCUAAUAUUGACUCGACUGGUAGCAAGGGUGCUUUGGUAAAGCAAGCUAGUGAUAAGCUGAACGAUGCUAGGAAGUCUGAUGAUGAUUCCAAAGGCAUGGCUGCUGAGAGAGAUGUAAAAGAUGAACCCACACUGAAGUCUAAACCAGACCGUAAAAUGGAUGCCAGUGGGGAGUUACACAGGGACCGGGACAGAGAGAGGGACAGAUUAAAAUCAAGGGACCGUGAUCGGGGAAGGGAUUCUGAUAAAGAACGUGAGCGCGACGAAGCUGAGAGGGUCAGACUCAAGGAUCGUGGUCAUCGUUCUAGGGAGAGAGCAAAGGACUCAGGACAUUCAGAUAAGUCAAAGCGCCAUUCAUCACAUGACCGUGACCGUGAUUACUACAGUUCGUCUUACUCGUCAAGAGAGAAAGAUCGGCAUAGAUAUCAUUGACGUAACUUAGAAGAGCUAAGAUAUACCCACAUCGUUUCCAUGAUGCUCGUCAGAGUCAGUUAUUUAUAUCUUUUCUGAUGUGCCUUAAUUGUUACCUCUAUAAGUCAAUGUAUUAACAAGUUUUUAUGUAUUUUCAUAUCCCUGUAUCCAUGAUGUGGAAUAUUUAUCCUUUUGUAUUAAUAGUAGUUUAUAUAUUUUUCCUAUUA